AGAGAGAUAUGUAUAGCUACGAAAAUGGAGUUGCAGAGUAAUGAAGUUAUUGCAGUGGAGAAUAAGAGAAGAGUGUGUCUGGUUUGGGAAGAUUUGACAGUGGUGGCUUCAAAUGGUAGCAGUAGUGCAGAAAAGGAACUGCUAAAAGGUUUAAAUGGUUAUGCAGAACCCAACAGGAUUAUGGCACUCAUUGGUCCUUCAGGAUCUGGGAAAUCAACUUUGCUUGCUGCACUUGCUGGGAUACUUCCCAACAAUGUUAGGAUGACCGGAAAUGUGGUACUGAAUGGGAGUACGAGAAGGACGACAGGCUGCAAAGACGUUUGUUAUGUUACUCAAGAAGACUAUUUCUUGGGAACUCUAACUGUGAAGGAAACUCUCACAUAUGCAGCUCGUUUGAGACUUCCUUCACAUACGACCAGAAAUGAGAUUGAGAAGGUGGUAACAAAUGUAUUGGCUGAAAUGGGUCUGGAAGAUAGUGCAGAAAGCAGACUUGGGAAUUGGCAUUUGAGAGGCAUAAGUACUGGAGAGAAAAGAAGGCUUAGCAUAGGCAUUGAAAUCUUAACUCAACCUCAUGUAAUGUUUCUGGAUGAACCUACUAGUGGCUUGGAUAGUGCAGCCUCUUUCUAUGUCAUUUCUUCUCUAUCUAACAUAGCACAUGAUGGAAGAAUAGUCAUAUGCUCCAUUCACCAGCCCAGUGGUGAAAUCUUCAACCUUUUCGAUGAUCUGGUCCUCCUUGCAGCAGGUGAAGCUGUAUACUUUGGACAAGCAACUAUGGCUGUAAAGUUCUUUGCUGAUGCAGGGUUUCCUUGUCCAACCCGAAAGAAUCCUCCUGAGCAUUUCCUUCGUUGUGUUAGCCCAGAGUUCGAUAGUGUCACAGCCUUAAUAAAGUCGAAAAUUGAAAACGACGCUUCAUCGUCGUGGAAUUCUCUAAUGAAUAUGACGACAGAGGAGAUUAAAUCGGAACUCGUAAUGAACUACAAGAACUCCAUACAUUCAGAAAAUGCAAGGAGAAAAAUCAGAGAAAUGAAAAAAAUUUUGCAGGAAGAACCUUUAGUUGGGAAGAUAUAUGAUACCAGCUGGCUGAAGCAGCUAUGCACACUGACAAAUAGAUCCUUCCUAAAUAUGACUAGAGACUUUGGUUACUAUUGGCUAAGGAUUGUAUUCUAUAUCAUCAUAUCAGUGAGUGCUGGUUGUCUUCUUUUCAACAUAGGAACAAGUAAUGAAGCAAUCAUAUCUAGAGGCAAAUGUGAUGGAUUCAUCUUUGGCUUAAUGAUCUUUCUGUGUUUAGGAGGCGUACCCUUUUACCAUGAGGAAUUAAAGGUCUUCAAACGUGAAAGAUUUGGAAAGCAUUAUGGAGAGGCCAUCUUUGUACUCUCACAUUUCCUCUCAUCAGUGCCUUUUGUUCUUGCAAUUUCCCUCUCUUCAGGGACAAUACUUUACCAUAUGGUGAACUUUCAUCCAGGCUUCUCUCAUUACUGCUACUUUUGCAUGAAUAUAUUUUGCUUCAUUUCUGUCACGGAGGGCUGCACAUUACUCGUUGCAGCACUUUUACCCGACCUAUUGGUAGCAAUUGGAACUGCAACUGGUGUAAUUUUGUCUGCACAGGUAUUCAUGAUGGUGCCAUCUAAUGUAUUCAGAAGUCUAGCAGACAUUCCAAAAUUCUUCUGGCGCUAUCCAAUGUCCUAUCUCAGCUACAUUACCUGGUCAAUACAGGGUCAAUUCAAGAAUGACCUGAUUGGUCUUGAAUUUGAACCACAGGUGGCUGGAGAUACCAAGAUAAAGGGUGAACAUAUACUUCAAGUUAUGUUUGGAAUCAGGACUGAUUAUUCAAAAUGGUGGGACUUAGGAGUUUUAGUUUGCUUCUUGAUAUGCUAUAGAGUGCUGUAUUACUUGGCUCUUAAACACAAAGAGAGAGCUUCAUCAUUGUGGCAGAUCAAAAGGACCAUCCUACACAUUUUUCUCAAAAAACCCUCUUUGAAGGACAAAUAUACAUCUUCCAAGCGGCAUCAUUCCUUGCACCCUUUGUCAGUUCAGGAAGGUCUUAACUCUCCACUGUCAUAAUUCUCCCACUUUUCCUAUUAAACCUUUCUGUCCCAUGUCUCGGUAUAUAGAUACUGUACUUACCAAUCCUUCUUUUACACAUUGUGACAUUGAUAUGUCAGCAACAUAAAAUUGUAACCAUGCUAUGAAGUAUUGUUUAAGUCUGAAAUAACGUGUACGGCAUAAAAGAGUACCUUUGUAGAAACUCUUGAUAAUGGAAUUUAUGAUAAAGUCAAACAUUUUUUGUCCGUAGAAAA